CAGAACUAGUUGCUCUCAACUAUGGUUGUGAUGCAAAUCAUGAUAUCUCUCUUGCUAUAGUUACUAGACCCAGUUUUAAGGUUAGUGUAUUUAUUUAAUUCCAUCUCCCUGCAUGCCACUUCUUACUUGUUUUAUGAAAGUAAGCAAUGAUUAUGGUUUUCUGAUUUACACUGUUCAAAUUAUCUUAGGAAUUGAAGAGGGAAAGGAGGGACAUUGGCCAUGGCAGUUGAGCUUAACCAGCAACAGGAGGUAUAUCAGGGAGAUUGAACUUGUGAAACAUGCAGACUUUUACAAGUUUCACUCAUCUGUUUCUUUUGGGAUAUACAACACAGGAAGUGAAGCAGGAAAGAAGAGGAUUUAGCAAGAGAUUGGCCACCAUUUGCCCCAGUUGUUCAUAAUGAUAUUGCCAAUGAUAUGCUCAUUUAUUGACAAAAGUUGAUGUUUAUUGCCCUUCCAUCAUUCUUAGGAUUGGUUCUGUGCUUUUUCUGGAAUGACAUAAAUGCUACUGCAGCAUGCAUCAAAGGGGAAAGAUGGAAGCAUCAUACUGGGGAAUUGGAUCUCAUCUUCCCAUCAUGGUGACGGUUCGCAACAUCUUACAAGAACUAAAGAUCUAACAUUACUGUUUUGAACAGAUACACAAUUGUCAAAAUAUCAAAAACAUGUUCGUAUCUGUUUAUGCCUUAUGGUGAACAAAAGGGAAAAACUCUUGAGAGGAAACAAAGAUUUGGCCCUAAAGAUUUUGCUAAUUGUGUUUUCAUUGGUUCUUACUGGGACUACUUAAUACAUGGAAUGAGAUUAU